AUGCCUGAUAUAUGGCUGACGUUGGCGGCCGGACUUGCGAUCGCUCUGAUGUAUGUAACACAUCUAUCUCGUAGCUUGGAUACAGCACCCUAUAAAGUAUGUAUAAGGUUGAACCUUAAUGACGAUACUUGCAAUGCUGCCAUUGUGGCACGUCCCCAAAAGGGCGGCUCCUGGUAUGUAGUCCUGAGCCCGUUUACCCAUAUGAUUGGCGAUGUGGCAUUUGGCGACCGGCUGAUAUCGGGAGACUGUGACUACAAAUCCAGGAUGGUUUUUCUCGGAGGAAAUGAACAUGGUUGUAAGGUAGUGAAGGUACGCACUGUGGCAACAGACCUAUACGUCACGCUAGAGGAAUAUGUCGAGGCUCAACCCGAUACAAAGGAAUACAUUAAGUUACAGCGCCAACCCAUAGAUGUCGAUAUGAACGCAAAAGAGUUUCCAGAUCGUGUAUACCCGCUGUACAAUGUACACACAAGGGCUACAGACAUUGAUAUACAUCCAAAAUUUUCAAACGGCCAUAGGAUAGGUAUGGUCACCAUAGCCGACCAGGUCGUGCCAGAUGUCCCAUGUAUACAUCGGUCAAUUCAUAUUAUCGAUCGUAAGGAUGGCAGGCGUGUAGUAUCCGUCGCCACCACUCAUAGCAAUGAAGUGGUGACGUACAAAAACUUUAUUGAGCAGAGCGCUGGUAGAGGAAACUUUGUCCCAUACACCGACGAAAACGGGACCGAAGAUUUACGCAUAGGAUCCGUUGCGGACGAGAUGUAG